AUGGCAGCUAUACUUUGUUAUUAUUUUUUUUAAUGGUGAUUCAUUUGUGAGAAGUAGUUAAAAUUGAAAACAAGUUUGGGAGCGUUCCGCAGGAUAGUUAGUAGGUCUAUGUUCUACAACCGUUUAAACACCGCCCUGCCAAAGUUGGUCACGGAAGACUCGAAGCAAAUUUUUAAGACGUUUUUGUCUUAGAAAACGACUACGCAUCAAAGAUACCAAGAUGGGUGUUAACGCAGGGGGACUGGUCAGCAUAAUUAUCUUCUAUAUAUUGAUAUUAUUGGUUGGAAUAUUUGCAGCUUGGUAUAAGAAACGGCAAAACCAGAACCGGGGAAGUCAGGCAGCAAGUGAAAGUGAAGAACUGAUGUUAGCAGGGCGUGAUAUUGGAGUGUUUGUAGGAAUCUUCACAAUGACUGCGACCUGGGUUGGAGGUGGAUACAUUAACGGGACAUCAGAAGCUGUGUAUACAAAUGGUCUUGUGUGGACUCAAGCACCUUGGGGCUAUGCCAUGAGUUUAGUGAUCGGUGGCUUGAUUUUUGCUAAACCAAUGAGAGAAAAGAGAUACGUCACAAUGUUGGACCCUCUACAAGAAAAAUUUGGAAAAGUAAUGGGAGGAUUCCUCUACAUCCCAGCAUUGUUGGGAGAAACGUUUUGGUCAGCAGCCAUAUUGUCCGCGCUUGGUGCUACUUUAACCGUUAUUUUGGAUAUCAACAUGGAUUUGUCCGUUAUCAUAUCAGCGUUCAUAGCAGUGGGGUACACGUUCUUUGGUGGCCUGUAUUCAGUGGCGUACACGGAUGUAGUUCAACUGAUUUGCAUUUUUAUCGGACUAUGGCUUUGUAUUCCAUUUGCGAUGACUCACGAUAAUGUAAGUAGUAUAAGCACAACAAAAGAUAGUUGGUUGGGAGAAUGGGAUAGUGAUUAUACAGGAGUAUGGUUUGACUACGCUUUAUUGUUGAUGUUCGGUGGAAUACCAUGGCAAGUAUACUUCCAACGGGUUUUAUCAUCAAGAUCUGCGAAACGAGCACAGUUUCUGUCAUUUAUAGCUGCAUUUGGAUGCAUUGUUAUGGCCGUUCCCGCUGUUCUGAUCGGCGCAAUUGCAAAAUCCGCAGAAUGGGAUAAAGUUGGAAUUCCAGCCCGAUUUUUAAAAAAUGGAACAGGGGCUAUUCACGAAGAUCACUUACGCCUGGUUUUACCACUCGUAUUGCAAUAUUUAACGCCAACAGCUGUUGCUUUUGUUGGAUUGGGCGCUAUCUCUGCAGCCGUGAUGUCAUCUGCUGACUCCUCAGUUUUAUCAGCAAGCUCAAUGUUUGCGCACAAUAUUUACAAAAUGGUUUUCCGCCAACAAGCUACUCCCAAAGAAUUAGUAUGGGUGAUCCGUGUUGGAAUCUUUGUUGUAGCAGCCAUUGCUACUGCUAUGGGAUUAACAAUAGACAGUAUAUACGGCUUGUGGUACCUGUGCUCGGAUCUUGUCUUCGUAGUACUUUUUCCUCACCUCCUUUGCGCUGUUCACGUCCCGUUUGUUAAUAUCUAUGGAUCCAUCACGGGCUAUAUAUUUGGAUUACUUUUGCGUCUCGGUGGUGGAGAGCCGUUGAUAUCUUUAGAACCGUUUAUUGAAUAUCCCUACUACAGAAAUAGCGAACAACUCUUCCCCUUCCGUACCUUUUCAAUGGUUGUUACUCUGGUCACGUUAAUCACAGUAUCUUUGUUAACCAACUUUUUGUUUAAAUCCGGAUUAAUUCCUGCGAAAUACGAUUUUUUAAAAGCGAUGGAGAGACAAGGGAAACAUAACGAGACUCAACAAUAUGAACUCGAUGUACCAAAAUACGACAAUCCCAAUUAUACCAAUUAGUGUUGAAUCAUCAGAAGUCAAAUCAACAGAAUAGAAAUCUACUACACAUGUGUCAACACUAGAACAAAAUAAACUUACUUUAAAUAAUUUUCCAAAAUCAGUCAUGUUGAGAAAUCUUUUGUAUAUACACAAAUUCGUGUAGAAAAGCAACAAUAUCUCAUUGCACGCAAUUACACAAAGAUCCGUUUUUUGUA